AUCCGUGGAAUGGAAGAAAGGUAUAGAAAAGCAUGACCACUAGCCGAUGCGUGUGAUGGUGCUCGAGAGAUGUCCCUUCCGGAAUCUCGAACAUGGUGUUUGUGGAGUGAAUUAUUGGCUGAGCAAUUCAGCAGGGAUACAAAACCUUCACUGGACUGCAGUGACAGGAGAAUCCACCCUCGGUCAUGGGGUAACAGAGGCGAGGUUACAGGAAAAGGAGAGGAGGUCAUUCUUUGCUUGUGGCUUUACAGUAAAGGGAGGGGCCAUGGCUGUCGAUGGCGAGGUCAGCAGAGGCACGGGGCUGCACGGCCCCGCAUGUCCUUCCUCAUGGCCGCAACUACCCAACACCCCUCUUCCCCGUCCUCUGUGUCCUUGCCCUUCUCACCCCCACCUCUCCACAUGCCCCUGUCCGUCCCUCUCACCUCGCACACCCCGCCUUGCUACUGGCAUAAAUAGCACCCCCCCACCACCGCCUUUCUCCCCACAACUCAGUCGCACUUCCUCUCCUUCUUCUUCUUCUUCUUCUUCUUCUGAUCAUCUCUUGAAACGGAAAGGAAAGGAGCAAAAGAAUGGCAGUGAAGAAGCAGAACAAGCUGGCUCAGACAGCGGUGCUGAAGCAAAUACUGAAGCGGUGCUCGAGCUUGGGGAGGGAGGAGAAGGAGGAAGGGCCGCCGGUGGACGUGCCCAGGGGCCACUUCGUGGUGUACGUCGGCAAGAACCGGAGCCGGUACAUCGUGCCCAUCUCCUACCUGGACCACCCCGAGUUCCAGAGCCUCCUCCGCCAGUCCGAGGAGGAGUUCGGCUUCAAGCACCACAUGGGCCUCACCAUCCCCUGCGACGAGGUGGCCUUCCGCUCCCUCACCUCCUCGCUCAGAUGAAACCCGUCUCUCAUGCUUCUUUCUUCUUUGUUUCGACUGGACGUCAAAUCCAUCGGUGUGUGUAUAUUACCUACCUCUAAUUGUAAGUCAUAUAAUUUAUUGAGGAGGAAACUGCUCCUCCGUUGACAUAA